AUGGCCAAAUGCCGCACAGAUUGCAUAGAAAGGCCUCUGCGUAUCUUUUUUGAGACGAUAGGCCAUUUCAUUGGCGCUCAUCCCUGGUGGUUUUUCAUCGCUCCUCUCAUACUCUCAGCAGGACUCGGGAGCGGGUUUUACAUUCUAAAGGAUAAGCUCUCCAAUAACAUUGAAGAGAAAUUUACCCCUGUUGAUGGACAGGCUAAGAUGGAGAGAAAAUAUAUCCAAGAAACUUUUCCAAGAGAUGAGUCCACCUUUUCAAGCUUGAGACUGAGCACAGACGGGACUUACGCGACCUUUAUAGCGUCAAAUGGCAGUAAUAUUCUGACAGCGGAGUCACUUCAGGAGAUACUAGACUUGGACUUUAGGAUAAGGAGCAUGGCAGUGCAGUUUGAGAACAAGUCGUUUGAAUACACUGAUAUUUGCGCUCUAGUGAAUGGAACUUGUUCUUCGAAUGACAUUCUGGACAUUAUUAGCUAUAAUGCCAGCAAUAUAAACCUUGUCAAUUUGACAUUUCCAUGGUAUUACUCUGAUAUUGGCAGUGUCCCAUUGUAUGUCAGCCUGGGCAGUGUAAAAUUCAACAAGGACAACUCUGUCAUUGAGAACGCUGAGGCCGUGCGACUGCGUUAUUAUCUACGAGAGGACAACAAAACCAAGACGGAUCUGUGGUUAGAGGCCUUCAUGAAUCUGAUCUCAAACGAAUCAAUGAGCAAUUCCAAGGUGUCAUACGCCACCUCGAUGUCCUUGCAGCGGGAAUUUGAGAGAUGUCCAGCUUCUAUCGUCCAACUCUUCUCCAUCACAUAUGCCAUCGCUGUAACAUUUGCACUUACAUCAUGCUGGAGGUUGGACAAUGUGAGGAACAAAGUGUGGGUGGGGUUUGCUGGAGUGCUCUCCACAGGUCUGGCACUCCUGACCAGUUUUGGUCUGUUGCUGUUCCUGGACCAGCCUUUUGUCAUGACAGUCGCCUCCUGCCCCUUCAUGGUUUUAGGUAUCGGAAUAGAUGACACCUUCAUUAUGAUUUCCUGCUGGCAGAGGACUCGUGUUCAUGACAGUGUUCCUGACCGUCUGGCUAAUACCUACAGGGAAGCGGCUGUCUCCAUCUCCAUCACCACCCUGACCGACGCUCUGGCCCUUUUCUUAGGCUACAACUCCCCUUUUGGCUCGGUUCAGGCCUUCUGCCUCUACGCCGGCAUCUCUGUUGGUUUCUGUUAUCUGUAUACCAUCAGUUUUCUGGGUGCAUUCAUGGCUCUGAGUGGACAAUGGGAAGCAGAGAACAGACACUGGUUCACCUGUGUUAAGAUCCCAGAGGACCCUCCUCCUGGAAAAUCAAAAGCCUUCAGUGUCUGCUGUGUUGGAGGGAGCUUUGACCGAGUCACAGACAAAACAGAAAUUCAACUCGCGAGCCAAUUCUUAGAGAAGUUUUACGGUCCGUUGCUCACUCAAAAAUGGAUUAAAGCAUGUGUAUUUGUCAUGUAUGUCGGGUAUCUAGCUGUCAGUAUCUAUGGCUGUUCCACCAUGAAGGAGGGACUUGAUAUCGGGAACCUGGUAUUGGAUGACUCCUACAUCAUCAGCUAUUACAAUGACCAAAAGCAGCACUUCUCUGAAUACAGUUAUAAUGUGAUGGUGGCCGUGAAGCACCCCAUCCCGUAUUGGAGUGAAGAAGGGCAAAAGAGCCUCAAUUCAUGCAUUGCAAAUUUUGAAAACUUGAAUUAUGUCAACAGCACAUCAGCUUGGUUCCUUUCCUUUCAGCUGUAUGCAAAUGCAAACAGUCUCAACUUAAACUCUAAACAGGCCUUCCAAAGCCACCUGGUCCACUUCCUAGCAUUCAAUCCUAUUUUCCAGCAAGAUAUCAACUUGAGUGCAAACAACGAGAUCCCAUCCUCGCGCUUUUUCAUUCAGACACUCAACAAAACCACAAUGAAAGACAUGUUGCUUGGCUUGAGGAAAACAGCAAAGCAAUGCCCAAUUAAGCUUCUGGUCUAUCACCCUGCAUUUAUCUACUUUGACCAGUAUACUACCAUUAUGGACACCACCAUUCAAACCAUUCUAGUGGCAGCAACAUUGAUAUUCAUCAUCUCACUCUUCCUGAUACCCGAUCCCUUUUGUUCCAUAUGGGUCACCUUUGCCAUGUGUUCGGUCGUGGCUGGCGUAGCAGGAUUCAUGGCUCUGUGGGACGUGAGCCUGGACUCCAUUUCCAUGAUCAACCUGGUGAUCUGUAUUGGUUUUGCAGUAGAUUUCUCGACCCACAUCACUUACUCUUAUAUUUCAAGCUCCAAGAGCGAUAUUAAUGAGAGGGCUAUUGAUGCGCUGGCCCAGUUGGGCUAUCCUAUACUGCAAGGGGCAGUGUCCACCAUUUUAGGAGUGGUGGUGCUCUCCUUGUCUGGGAGUUAUAUCUUCAGGACCUUCUUUAAGAUCAUGUUUUUGGUGAUUAUAGUUGGGUUGUUCCACGGCUUAGUAUUUAUUCCUGUGUUUCUGACACUGUGUGGGGGCAUUUGGGAGGUGGGGUUGAAGAAAUGCAAGCAGAUUCCGUAG